UGGCUUGACUGGAGGAGCAACAAGAAUCAGCUUCCUAUUUUGCACUGUGACAAAGGGGAAGAGAAAUAUCUGUACUAUAAUGUGUUCUGCUCUGAGAACAAACAGGAGCUGACAUCUUUUGGAUUACAGUAUUUAUCAAGAUUCAAACCAAGCACCUACAUCCUGAAUCCCUGUUACGUUGCCACGGCGGAUGACGUCACUCGCAGGGGAGGCGCAUCUAACGUGGAGAGCGUAGUUCAUUGUUUGUUUGGUGGUGGAUAUAACACAGCGUGGUGUAGCCAUGAAGGACCGUCUCAGUGAACUGCUUGAAUAUGCAAGGCUUCAUAGUCAAUAUGUUCAAAAUAAUGAAGAUGAGCUCCCACAAGCAUUUGCCCUGUUUGAGACGGAUGACUCCUUGGCUGCCCUGUAUCAAGACCUGCAGCAUAUCCGGACUGAAAAUCAUUUGUUAAAGGUAGAUGUUAAACGCUUGGGAAAGCAAACCACUCGCUUUCUUACAUCAAUGCGUCGCCUUAGCAGCAUCAAAAGAGACUCCAACAGCAUUGCCAAAGAUAUUAAGAUACGUGGAGAAGGUAUCCACAGAAAACUUCAAAACCUGAAAAACUUGAGUGAGGAUGCUGAGAGCAAAUUUGGAGAAAGUUCAGUUAUUGCACGGGUGUCCAAAGCACAGUAUAUGACCCUAACCCGUGCCUUCCAAAAAGCCAUGCUUGAAUACAAUGAAGCUGAGAUGGUUCAGAGGGAGAAUUGCAAGAUCCGCAUCCAGCGUCAGCUUGAGAUUAUGGGGAAAGACGUAUCUGGUAAUCAAAUAGAAGACAUGAUUGAGCAAGGUAAAUGGGAUGUGUUCUCUGAAAACUUGCUGUCUGAUGUCAAAGUUGCCCGUUCAGCCCUGAAUGAAAUUGAAACAAGACACAAGGAACUGCUAAAACUGGAGAGCCGUAUCAAGGAGGUUCAUGAUCUCUUUCUACAGAUGGCCUUGCUGGUGGAAGACCAAGCAGAGACCUUGAAUGUUGUUGAGAUAAACAUGGAAAGAGUAAAAGAUUAUGUUGGGGCAGCAAAAGUCCAAGUGAGGCAGGCUGUAGAAUAUAAGAGGAAGAAUCCUUGUCGAAGUUUGUUUUGCUGUUGCUGUCCUUGCUGCAAUUGAACUUUCUUUAAAAAAAGAUAAAAUUAUUAGUUGGACACAUUCAUAUAUUUGCUUUGUAAAAUAUUAAAAUUAAAGGGAUAUGAAACCAAAGAUUUUCUUUUGUGAUUCAGCCAGACCAGACCGUUUAAAAAAAAUUCCAAUGCACUUCUGUUAUCAAAUUUGCUGCUUUCCCAUGAUAUUCUGUGUUGAAGAGAUACCUAGGUUGGCAUCUGGAGUACUACAUGGCAGGAAAAAGUGCUGCCAUCUAGUGCUCUUGCAAAACUACUACAAUAUAGUGCUCCAGAAAUGGGCCGGAUCCUAAGCAUACAUCCCUGCUUUUAAACAAAAGAUACCUAGAGAACGAAAAUUGAUACUAGAGGUAAAUAAGAAAGUUGCAUGCUCUAUCUGAAUCGUGAAAUGAAAAAAAUUGGGUUUCAUAUCUCUUUAAAUAUAGUGUUUGUAAUCAAACUGAUAAUAUGAAGAAAUGAAAAGUGAUUCAAUUAUGAAGACAUUAAACCUAAUGCGAUUUCAGUAACCUGCCCUGUUCUGAAUAAUAUGGAUGUUUAUAAAAGUAUUUAUGGUACAGUUAAUGGAUAUAUUGUUUUUAUGCCUUACAUAAAGAAAAAAAAAGGCUGAAGAAAAUACCAUAUCUGACAAUCUUUUACCUUAAAAGGUGACUCCAAAAUGUCCAAACAGAAUUACCAGAUGGGGACACACGUAAUAUUUUAUUUCAAACAGAUAUUUUCUAAAUGUAGUAAAUUAUUUUUUCUAACCACACGAGUCACUUACUUAUUGGCAUCAUGGUCAAUAUAUUCCUUGACUAUGAGUGCAAUAUUUCUACAAAUUUAAAAAAUAAUUUAACGUGUGCAAUUAGUAAAAAAGUCUUUUUUUUUUUUUUUUUUAUUAAAGAUUUUGUAAUGACUUUUGCAAUCAAUCUAAAAUACCAAUAAUUCCUAUUAAAGGGACAUGAAAACAGAACAUUUUUAUUUAAUGAUUUCAAUAGUGCCUGCUGUUUUAAAAAACGUUUCAAUUUACUUCUAUUAUCAAAUGUGCAUAAUUCUCUUGGUAUCCUUUGUUGAAGAAGCAGCAAUGGGUACAGCGACGCGCUUCUGGGAGCUAGCUGGGCACGAUCAGAUGUGUCAAUAAGAGGCUUAUAUUUGCAACUACCAAUCAGUAGCUAGCUCAAAGUUGCAUUGCUGCUAAACAAAGGAUGCCAACAGAACAAAGCAAAUUAGAUAAUCUACGCACAUUGAAAAGCUUAUUAAAAUGUCAUGCUCUAUCUCUUCAACAAAGAAUAACAAGAGAACAAAGCAAAUUUGCUAAUACAAGUAUAGUGGAAACUUUUUUUGUUAAUUGUAUUCUCUAUCUGAAUCAUGUAAGAAAUGUUUUGGGUUUCGUGUCCCUUUAAAUAAUGUGUUCAAUGACACACUUUUUGUAUGUUUUUAGACACAUAAGCAGACAAGGUCCAACUAGGUUCAUGUCUACUACAAGAGCAAAAUAAACUAUACUAUAUCAUAUAGGCACAUUACCUGUUGGCCAGUUUACUAUUAAAAUGCUGCAUACACAGAUGGCUUUACUAUUUCCCUUAUUACAUUUUCAACAUUUUGUAUAGCAAUAACUACAAAAAACAAAAGCGCACACGCAUUCAGAAAUAAAUGGAUACCCAAAUUAAGAAAUAUGAUGCUAAUACCAAAGUAUAAUGUAUCGCUAUAAUGUAAAAGUAAAGCCCACGAGUUAUGAUUAACUGAUCUCCUAAAUUAGUGGCAGAGGCCACAUGCCGAGAUUCUGCCUGUAGCCGCCCAGCUUUGAUCCUCUAUUUUACACCACAAACCACUUGCACUCCAUCUCACCCCCUGCCACCACCCCCUAUCUGCUAUCUCACACACAAAAAACACACACACCUUUGAUUUGAAUAAUUUUGCUGUUGACCUUCUGAGUAAGAUUUUACUGACCUAACUUUUCACAUCUUUAUAGAAUUAUCAGCUUUGGAAAACAAGGGACAUUAGUUUAGGAAGAAAGAGAAAUGUAGGUAAGUUGAAAAUAAAGGAACAUAGGGAGAUAAAAAGGCAGGGUAGGAAGGUCAAUAAGAAAGGCAGAAAAAAAGAAAAGAGAACAAAGAUAGAAAAGAGAAAAAAUAGACGUGGGAAGAACUUUACAUUAUAACUAUAUAGUAUAUUACUAUAUUGUUUGUUUGCUCUUAUUUGCUGCCUAUUAACCUAUAUAUAUAUUGUAUUAAUGUAUUCACAUUAUAUUAAAGGGAUACUGAACUCAAUUUUUUUCUUUCAUGAUUUAUAUAGAAAGUUGCUUAAAAUUGCAUGCGCCAAUUUACUCCUAUUAUCAAUUUUUCUUGGUUCUCUUGGUAUCUAUAUUUGAAAAAACUGAAAUGUAAGCUUACAAGCCAGCCCAUUUUCUGUUCAGCACCUGGGUAGUGCUUGCUGAUUGGUGGCUAAAUCUGAAUCAUGAAAGAAAAAAAUUGGGUUCAGUAUCACUUUAAAUAUUUGAAUGUACAAAUUGAAUGGGGCAUUUUUUUUAAAUAUUGUAUUUUUUAUAUUAACACAACGAAAUGUGCUCAUUGAAGUGUAUAACGAUCUUUUUUUUUUUUUUUACUUUUUCUGUAAAAAGGUUUAUAUUGUUCAUUUGCCUAUUUCAGUCUCUCUGGCUUUUUUUUUUCUUUCUGUUUUGAUCUUUACACAUUUAUGUAUAUGUCUGUUCAUUAUUAUUGUUUUUGACAAUGCAAUGGAUAUUUUCUUAAUUUUCUACCCUUUUAUAAUUAAUCUAUAACGUUAUUUUUAUUAAAAUAUAAAGAGUCUGAAAAUAUAA